UGACAUAUUAUUCUAAGUCAUAAUAAUAUGCUGUACUUUGUUUACAGAAUCAGAGAAGUUAUUUUCUUCCUCCCUACCUUUUUCUGUUUUUAAUUAACACUACAAGUUGUUUCCCCCUGUUUGGCACCCAUGGUUUUUAAAACCCAGGAAAAAAAUAUAUUGACCUUGCAUUGCAUGGCUGGAAUAUAAUAGUUUGCACUAAACAUAUCAUCCAUCUCACACCUUACCAACCCCUCUCUUGACUACAUCAAGUCUUACUUGGAGAACUCACUCACUCACUUACCAUGGACAUAAAAUCUUGUACUGGUUAGCUCCAAAAAUCCAAGACCUCAAAACAUUGACAAUUUCAGAUUCAAAUUUUGCCACUACAUGAUGGAAAAUUGUCCUUAAAUUUCCUGUGCAUUCAUAUACAAAUAAUUUACUUUGUGGGCUUCUAAUUUGGCCUGGUAAACAACCCCUUUACAAUGGUGGGCGCAUGACUUUUCCACGUUUCUAUCACAAAAAUUUACAAUGCCGAAAAACAGUUUUUGAACUUUGGCUCACUCUAUAUAAAGGCGCCAAGUUUAGUCUCAGCACAAACUCAAACACUUGCACCUGAAAAAAACUUAAAUUCAGAGAGUGUCACCAUAAUCUUCUUUAACCCUUUUUGCACCAAUCUUUGGAGAUGGUUUACCAGAAUAUAUUUGGUGCAGUCAUAGCUUCACUGCUGGGGUUUGCUUUCUUGUACAGGCUAAGAGGGAAGAAGAAGGCCAGAGCUUUAGUGAAGACUGAUCAGAAUGGGAACUGUUUGAAGAGCUCUGAAAAUGGAAUUUGUGAGGCGAAGAUAAGUACAAGUACGGACAUUAUCAUUGUUGGUGCUGGGGUUGUUGGUUCGGCGCUUGCUUACACUCUUGGGAAGGAAGGGCGCCGAGUGCAUGUGAUUGAAAGAGACUUGGCUGAGCCAGAUAGAAUCGUUGGUGAACUUCUACAACCAGGGGGCUACCUGAAAUUAAUUGAGUUGGGCCUUGAGGGUAAGCAAGGAGUUCAGGCAUAUGAUUGUGUGAGUGAGAUUGAUGCUCAGCGGGUUUUUGGAUAUGCUCUUUACAAGGAUGGGAAAAGUACCAAGUUGCCAUAUCCUUUGGAAAACUUCCAUCCAGAUGUGGCUGGGAGAAGCUUUCACCAUGGGCGUUUCAUUCAAAGGAUGCGUCAAAAAGCUUCAUCUCUUCCCAAUGUAAGAUUGGAACAAGGAACAGUGACAUCUUUGCUUGAAGAAAAAGGUACUAUCAAAGGGGUGCAGUAUAAAUCCAAAGGUGGUGACCUAGAUCUCACUGCACAUGCUCCUCUCACGAUAGUAUGCGAUGGAUGCUACUCAAACCUGCGGCGCUCUCUCUGCGAUCCUAAGGUUGAUAUUCCUUCUUGUUUUGUUGGUUUGGUUCUGGAGAAUUGCCAGCUUCCAUACGCAAACCACGGGCAUGUAAUUUUGGCAGAUCCUUCACCGAUACUGUUUUAUCCUAUCAGCAGCGCAGAGAUUCGGUGUCUGGUUGAUGUACCAGGCCAAAAAGUACCUUGCAUUUCUGGUGGUGAAAUGGCUCACUACUUGAAAACCAAAGUGGCACCCCAGGUUCCUCCUGAGAUGUAUGCCGCUUUCAUGGCUGCCACUGAUAAAGGAAACGUAAAAUCCAUGCCCAAUAGGAGCAUGCCUGCUGCUCCUCAUCCUAAGCCUGGUGCCCUUCUAAUGGGGGAUGCUGUCAACAUGAGGCAUCCUUUAACUGGAGGAGGCAUGACUGUGGCUCUAUCAGACAUUGUUGUUCUGAGGAACCUUCUGAGACCUCUGCACAAUCUGAAUGAUGCACCUGCCCUUUGCAAAUACCUCGAAUCCUUCUAUACCCUUCGCAAGCCUGUGGCUUCUACCAUAAACACAUUGGCAGGUGCACUAUACAAGGUGUUCUGUGCAUCCCCUGACCCGGCAAGGAAGGAAAUGACCCAAGCAUGCUUCGACUACUUGAGCCUCGGAGGUGUUUUCUCAAACGGACCUCUGGCGCUUCUCUCCGGUCUAAACCCUCGUCCAUUGAGCUUGGUUCUUCACUUCUGUGCUGUGGCUGUCUAUGCUGUUGGGCGCUUGUUGAUUCCAUUUCCUUCACCCAGACGCAUGUGGGUUGGAGCUAGACUGAUUUUGGGUGCAUCAUGGAUCAUAUUCCCCAUAAUCAACUCUGAAGGAGUAAGACAAAUGUUCUUCCCUGUGACAGUGCUAUCAUAUUACAGAGCUCCUCCGGUUAAUUAAUUGACAAGAUUAACACAAAGAUAUGUUUUAGCACAGCUUUAGGAAUGCAGAUUCUUCCAUGUAACAAUUUCACCUGGUCAUCCAUGCUUGAAAAAAAGAAAACAGUGUACCAAGAACAAAUCAUUCUUCGCACUC